AUGAGUAGCGACUCCGACGCCGUGGACGCCGGGAGUCUGCCGACGGCGGUGGAUGUCAUCACGACGGAGCAGCCUCUGCCUCUAGACAGCGACCUGACGCCGCACACACUUCCACACACGCACACGCCGCGGGCCUCGACGACGAAGCGCAAGCGCGUGGUGCUGUCGAUCCACGACAAGCAGCAGGUGCUGCAGCGCCUCGAGGCCGGCGAGCAGCCCAUGGCCAUCGCGCGGGACUUUGGCAUCAGCCGCCAGCAGGUGUCGGACAUCAAGAAGAACAAGGAGCGCAUCGUGGCCUUCUGCCUGGACGCCAAGCACAUGUCGACGCUCAAGCGCAAGACGCUCAAGGCCACGUCCGAGUACCACCCGGGCGUGGAGCAGGAGCUCUACCGCUGGAUCAUCCGCCAGCGCCGCCUCGGGCGCGACGUCACGGCCGAGAGCCUGUCCGCCAAGACCACGGACCUCUUCGUGCAGUACUCGGCGGACCACGACUCGCACAUGGCGGUCAAGGCCAUCACCACGUGGCUGCGGCACUUCAAGAAGGCCCACGGCAUCAAGGCGCUGACGGAGGAGGAGCUCAUGCAGCUGCCCGAGCAGUUCGUGCCUGCGAUGGAGAUGACGCGCCCGACUCACUCGACUCCAGCGUCCGAGGCGGUGGUUUUCACGGCGAAUAACGGUGCGGGACCGGUGACUCCGCCAGCGGGGAAUUACUUUACCAACUCGGUGAGUCACGCGUUGAGUCACUUGAAUGCUGAUGGGGAGAAUCUGAAUUCAGUCACGACGCUGACGUCAGCUGCAGCUACGACUGCAGCGGCGAUGGAGGAGAACCAGUACAUACACGAUAUCGGAGCGGAGGGAAGUGAACAGAACGUUGGAGUUGCCACAGCGUCACUGCAAGCCACGGCGAACACGGUUCAACAGCUCAACGCGCAACUUGCCAGGUUUGAACGGGAUAUGGCGAUCAAGCUGGACUAUUUAGAUGAACGAGUGGCGAAGUUAUGCUUCCUGGUUCUCCCCACACGAUUAAGUUAG